UCCAUGGCAAGUUGCUCAGGAUCCUUCUGCUUCACAACACCAGCUAAACCCCCCCAUCACCUUCAAGCCUCUCUCAAAAGCCUCAGAAACCACCACCACCACCACUCCAAAAACAAAAUUUUAAGGCAAAAUAAAAAAAAAAUCCUUAGAAACCCACACCUUCUCUCAUAUCUGCACCAAAACUCAAUUUCUCUUCAAAAAAGCUCUUCAUAUGCUUCACCUCCUCCCCCCCCCUCUAAGAAGAUUCUUGGUCCUCUUUCCUUGUUUUCCUACUUCUUUGGAGAAACCCCAAAUCCCUUCCUUCUCAACUCAUCAUCUCCAAUACUCCCCCAUGUCCAAGGCAUUCCCCAACACCUAAUAUGCAUAUUCUUAUUACACUCCUCACAAAUCCCAUGUAAAACACCUAUUAUUGUCUCUUAACAUCUAGUUUCUUAGCUCCUAAUACUAGUGACUAAGUUAUCAUAAUGUCUUUGCGAAACUCUCUGUUGGUGCUUCUUUGUAUCCUUUCCUAUUCCUCCAUCGGGAUCAUAUUGUCGCAGUUCUUGAACUGCCUCAGCUACACCUUCUCUUUCAGCUAGUCUUUCUCCGGGCCGAAUUCGCCGGGCUCGAUCGGGUCGUCGAGAAAUGGUUUCGUGUUUGCGGGCGCUGAGGCUGGGGAAGAAGAACAAGGGGGGCAAUUCAGUGCCCUUGCCACCCCCUCCCCCUCCCUCACAACCAUGUUCCUCCUCCUCCUCUUACCCUUCCUCAUCUUCUUACCCCUAUCCGUUGCAUUCGGAGCUGGAGAUCAUGGAAAAGAAGAGGUGGGACAGUAUGGACUCGUGGUCGAUGCUGCUGGAGCCCGGAAACGGCGACAGUUCGGAGGGGAACCGCGAGGAGUGGAUGGCGGACCUGUCGCAGCUGUUCCUAGGGAACAAGUUCGCAUCGGGGUCGAACAGUCGGAUCUACCGAGGGAUUUACAAGCAGCGGGCGGUGGCCGUGAAGAUGGUGAGGAUUCCCGACCAGGAGGACGACGAGAAGCGGAGGGAUCUCGAGGAGCAAUUCAACUCCGAAGUCGCCUUCCUCUCCCGGCUUUACCAUCCUAACAUUGUGCAGUUUAUAGCGGCGUGCAAGAAACCGCCCGUGUACUGUAUCAUCACGGAGUACAUGUCGCAAGGAACGCUGAGGAUGUAUCUUCACAAGAAAGAGCCGUAUUCGCUCUCGACCGAGACGAUUCUGAGGUUAGCCCUCGACAUAUCGCGAGGAAUGCAGUACCUGCACUCGCAAGGAGUGAUUCACAGGGACCUCAAAUCUCACAACUUGCUCCUGAAUGACGAGAUGCGAGUUAAGGUCGCUGAUUUCGGCACGUCGUGCCUCGAGACGCAGUGUCGGGCCUCCAAAGGUAACAUGGGAACUUACCGUUGGAUGGCGCCCGAAAUGAUCAAGGAGAAACCGUACACUCGGAAGGUCGACGUCUAUAGUUUCGGAAUCGUGCUGUGGGAAUUGACGACCGCGCUCGUUCCAUUCCAGGGGAUGACGCCCGUGCAGGCCGCGUACGCUGCUUCUGAGAAGAAUCUGCGACCGCCCUUAUCGACUACUUGUUCUCCCGUCCUCAAUCAUCUCAUCAAGAGUUGCUGGUCUGCGAAUCCUGCAAAAAGACCUGAUUUCACCUACAUUGUCUCUGUGUUGGAAAAGUUUGAUCACUGCCUCAAAGAAGGCUUGCCUAUCCUUGUACAUCAAGAAUUCGGAAUCGGGAGUUCGCUUGUCGACCUCUUUAAGGGAUGCAUCAUGCAACAUUCAUCGAUACCUGUUCGCGCUUGAGAAAAAACAGUUGAACAAUGUUUCUUGCAAGUACAUGAAAUUGAAUGUUCUAGUUUUAUGUAUGUUUAUGAUGAAGUUUUCCGGUCUUAAUGAACAGAGGCAUUGUGCCAAAUGGUGUAAGAUGUUAAAAAUUCGGUCAUACCAAUUUAAGAAUGAUUGCAUAUUUUUGUACUUCA